AUGGCGGAGCUCCGGGCUCGCCUCGAGGCGCUGGAGCGGAGGAUGGAGCGGGCGGAGGCGGCGCUCCGGGACCGGCCCCUGGCGGCCCUGCGGCUCCACGGGGUCCCGGUGCUGUUCGAGGAUGUGGCAGUGCGGUUCAGCCGGCAGGAGUGGGCAAGCCUGGACGAGGGACAGAAGGAAAUGUACCGGAGCGUCAUGGAAGGCAACUACGAGAUGCUGGUGUCCCUGUACUGUGCCCUGUCCAAGCCUGAGCUGUUAUUACAGCUGGAAAGAGAAGAGCUGAGCAUGCUGCCAGAAUCGGAGCCAGAGGCAGCAGAGGUGUCCCCAGAGCUGGCUGCAGAGCCAACCCGACAGAACUGCACCAGCGAUGACACACUGCUGGAGACAGAGACAAUGGAGAGGGGCUGCAGGGAGCCAGAGGAAAGUGGGAAUGUGGCAGAGGAAAGCAAGAACCUGGUGGAGGAAAGCAGGAGCCCAGUGGAGAUAAGUGGGAGCCUGACAGAAGAAACACCCGUCCCUCUGGAAGCCGCUGCUGUCCUGGCGGAUGUCAGCCAGCUGUCCCCUCCCCGCCCGCUCUCUGUGCGCUGUCAGGAAGCCGUGGGUCAGAACUGUUCUCCCCCUGCAGCAGUAGAUGCUGAGGCGGGGAUCCCAAUGGAGGUGCCGCAGGAGAAGGUUGCUGCAGAGAAACCACCAAUGGCCAAAACACCCUCUAAGGGUCCUGAAGAGGAUGAGGGUCCGGAAAAGGAGACUGUGAAAGAUUCAGAGAAUACCGGCCAAGAUCUGGUGGCCGACAUUCCUGAAGAACCAGGAGAAAAGGUGACACCAGAUGUCCACAGAACGACUGAACAGGCAGAUCCCAGCCCCGGGGAGCCAAAGAAGGACUCCUGCGUGGGCCGGCCGGCGGCCUGUCAGCGAAAUGCCGCCCGGGAGUUUUACGCCUGCCCCAUCUGCAGGAAAACCUUCCUGCUGAAGAUCAACCUCCUGAUCCACCAGCGUGGCCACACCAACUGGGUGCCCUAUGUCUGCGUCCACUGCGACCGCAAGUUCAUGUCCAAGAAGAAAAUCAGGCGGCACCUCCGUGCCUGGGCAGUCAACGGCACCUGCCAGCCCUCGGAUGCAAAGGUGUGUCCCAGCCAGGGGCCGUGCCCAACAUCCCAGCCCCAAAAAUGGGCACCCAAUGGCUCCUGCCAGCCCUCAGAUGCAAAGGUGUGUCCCAGCCAGGGGCCGUGCCCAGCAUCCCAGUGCCCAACAUCCCAGCCCCAAAAUUGGGCACCCAAUGGUUCCUGCCAACCCUUGGAUGCAAAAGCGUGUCCCAGCCAGGGGACGCCGUGCCCAACAUCCCAACCCCAAGCCUGGGCACCCAAUGGCUCCUGCCAGCCCUCGAAUACAAAGGCGUGUCCCAGCCAGGGGCCAUCCCAGCCCCAAGCCUGGGCAGCCAACGGGACUUGCCAGCCCUCAGAUGCGAAGGUGUGUCCCAGCCAGGGGCCGUGCCCAACAUCCCAGUGUCCAACAUCCCAGCCCCCAGCCUGGGCACCCAAUGGCACCUGCCAGCCCUCGGAUGCGAAGGCGUUUCCAAACCAAGGGCUGUGCCCGGCAUUCCUGCCCCAAACCUGGGCAGCCAAUGGCACCUGCCAGGCCUCGAAGCCGGAGGAGUGUCCCAGCCAGACCCUGUGCCCGUCCUCCCAGCCCCAAGCCCCGGGCAGGGACUGUGGCACCGUGUGGCAGGAGCCUGGCCCUGCCAGGUGCUCGCUGUCCUCUGGAAAAAUGAUGUACACAUGCAACGAGUGCCUGGAAACCUUCUCCAGCCAGGGCUUCCUGACGGUGCACCAGCGCCGGCACUCCGGCCACCACCUCAUCCUGUGUCCCUGCUGCAACCGCAGCUUCACCUGGGUCUCAGACUUUGUCCGGCAGCACUGGACGCACAUGGGUGUCCGGCCCCACCAGUGUGGCAUCUGCCAGAAGACCUUCAAGAGGUUCUCCCACCUCAAGGCUCACCAGAGGAUCCACAGGCGGCAGGAGCGGCCGUUCACCUGCGCUAACCCGGUGCCCAUGGUGGCGGCACCCGCAGCAGGAGACGGGCAGGACCCCGAGUGGGCUUCCGAGGCCUGGCAGGGCGCGGGCCCCGAUCCCGGAGCGGGCCCCGGCGGGGCGGCCGCGGCGGGGCUGUCGCUGGCGGCGGUGGCGGCGGCGGAGCGGCGGCUGGAGCGGAGCGUGGAGGCGGCGGAGCGGCGGCUGGAGCGGCUGGAGCGGCGCGUGGCGGGGCUGGAGCGCACGGUGAGGGCCGGCGGGGCCCGGCUGGCCGCGCUCCUCAGGGACAACUCCCGCCGCCUCCGCCGCAUCCAGCGCCAGCUCCGCCGCUGCCGCUGCGGGGCCGCCCGCGCCUCCACCGGCACCGGCACCGGCACCGGCCGGGAGCGGACACAGGUGCCGGCGGCGGGUGAGGGUGAGGCGGCCGCUCUGCCGGAGCAGGAGUUGGGGAGUCUGGACAGCCGGGAGCUCCGUGGGAUCGCCAGGAAGGGGAAUUACGAGGCCAUGGUCCCUCUCGGGUCCGAGGAUGCUGGUUCCAAACCUUCACUGCUGCCACCAGCCGAGGACAGGGAGGAUCCAGGGAGCCUUGGGCUGCCAGAGAAGGGAGCAGUGCCAGGACAGCUUGGUGACAGUGAGAUGAUCGUCAUCAAGACAGAGGAGCAGCAGCCGCAGGAGGACGGAGCUGAGCUGCUGGCACUGCCGAUGGUGCCCUCGGUCAGGCUGGACGAGGAGGUUCCCCUCAGCCAGGAGCAGCCGGUUUCCUGGGAGAGCCACGGCGUGGCCGGGCCCAAGGCGGCCGGAGCGGGUUUGGGGGAAUUCUGCCUGGGGGAAUUCAAGCCGGUGGUGGUGCCGGUGGAGGCUCACCCUGCCCCGGGCCUGCCCUUCCCCACGGAGCACGCCCUGGGCGCGGGCACGGAGCAGCCGUUCGCCCUUGGCCAGGGAGUGCCGCUGGGAGAAGACCCCGCGGCCGAGGUGGCCUCGCCGCAGCCCGGCUGGGAGCAGCAGAGUCCCCAGGACGAUCCCCGGGCGCUGCCGCCGGGCUGGAAGAGCGUCCGGCUGACACGGAACCUCCUGGCGCGGCAGCAGAGCCGGGAGAGGAAGAGCAACGGCUCCUUCAUCUGCACGUCCUGCGGGAAGAGCCUGGCCCACCACGCCGCGCUGCUGCGGCACCAGCGCCUGCACACGGGCGAGCGGCCCUUCCAGUGCCCGGCCUGCGGCAAGAGCUUCAACGAGAAGUCCAACCUCAACAAGCACUACCGGAUCCACACCGGGGAGCGGCCGUACCGCUGUCCGGCCUGUGGCAAGGGCUUCGUGCAGAAGCACCACCUGCAGAAGCACCAGCGCAUCCACGGCCCGCAGCUCCGCAGCGCGUGGCCGGGCCGGCCGGCGCGGGCCGGCGCCGCCGGGGAGCGGCUCUACCGCUGCAUCGAGUGCGCCGAGAGCUUCCCCCAGAAAGCGUCGCUGGAGGAGCACCAGCGCCGGCACACCCAGCAGCGACCCUUUCAGUGCCACGGCUGCACCAAGAGCUUCCGGCACCGGCAAUCGCUGAACCACCACCAGAAGGUGCACGCCGCGGCCACCUCUCCGGCCGGCAGCUUGCCGGGACACGAGCCGGAGCUGGAGCCCUGCGAGGCUCUGAGCCAGGAUAAUCGGUAA